GUGAAUAUAGUAAACUUUGGUGCGCCCAAAUAGCCUGUACCCGACAGGAUUCUGUGUUGUAUCAUGAGAUAAUCAACGCAUCAAACUGGAGACAAGAUGGAAACUACAGACGUCUCUCUAUCAGCUUUACGCGAGUGAUCUGUCCCUCACCAGACUACCCAUCCUCUAAGAUGUCCCAGUCCGCUGUUACUGAAGAAGGAGGCACCUUUGAGCACCUGUGGAGCUCCCUGGAGCCAGACAGCACCUACUUUGAGCUCCCCCCAGGCAGCCAGCAUGGUGAGAGGCCAGUGCCUUCCACCAGCACCCCGGGGAGCCACCGCAGCGCCGGCGAGGUCUCAAUGGAUGUGUACCACAUGAGGGACAUGAAUGACAAUGUGAUGUCCCAGUACAACUUGCUGAGCAGCAGCAUGGAGAGCCUGGGGAGCCGCGCGACGUCCGCCAGCCCCUACAGCUCCGAGAACGCCUCCUCGUCGGCCGUGCCCACCCCCUCACCAUACUCCCAACCCAACUCCACCUUUGAAGGCCUGUCGCCUGCGCCGGCCAUCCCCUCCAACACCGACUAUCCCGGGCCGCACACCUUCCAGGUGUCCUUCCAGCAGUCCAGCACUGCCAAGUCUGCCACAUGGACCUACUCUCCCUUGCUGAAGAAGCUCUACUGUCAGAUUGCCAAGACUUGUCCGAUCCAGAUCAAACUCUCGUCCUCUCCUCCGCAUGGCAGCAUCCUCAGAGCCAUGCCCGUCUACAAGAAGGCGGAGCAUGUCACAGAAGUGGUCAAACGCUGCCCCAAUCACGAACUAGGACGAGAUUUCAAUGAUGGUCAAGCAGCCCCAGCCAGUCACCUGAUCCGGGUGGAGGGGAACAACCUCUGUCAGUAUGUGGAUGAUCCUGUCACCGGGCGACAGAGUGUCUUCGUGCCCUACGAGGCUCCACAGGUGGGGACUGAGUUUACCACCAUCCUAUAUAACUUUAUGUGCAACAGCAGCUGCGUGGGUGGCAUGAACAGGCGACCCAUCCUCAUCAUCAUCACUUUGGAGACCAGGGAUGGUCAAGUCUUGGGCAGGAGGUCAUUUGAAGGUCGGAUAUGUGCGUGUCCCGGCAGAGACCGCAAAGCCGAUGAGGACCACUUCAGGGAGCAACAGGCCCUGAACGAGAGUGUAGCCAAAAACGGCAGCGCCACCAAACGCAACUUUAAACAGAGUCCGCCAAAUAUUCCGAGUCCCAAUAUUAACAUGAGGAAGAGGCGGCAUGGAGAGGAAGAGAUUUACUAUAUUCCUGUUCGCGGUAGGGAGAACUUUGAGCUGCUGAUGAAGAUUAAAGACAGCCUGGAGCUGGUGGAGUUGGUGCCACAGCCCCUGGUGGACUCAUACAGACAACAAACACAGCAGCAACUGCUGCAGAGACCGAGUCAUAUAGCGUCCCCCUCCGUGUACUCACCACUCUCCAACAUGAACAAGCUUCAUGCCCAUGGAGGCCUCAACAAACCGCCCUCCGUCAACCAGCUGGUGGGGCAGCAGCAACAGCAACACCAUGCUGCCCCCACAUCCUUAUCUCAUAUGGGUUCAAACAUGCUCAACAGCCACCACAUGCAGGCCAAUGGUGAUAUGAAUGGUGGCCACAGCAGUCAGACUAUAGCGUCUGCUUCCCACUGCAGCCCGCCCCCUCCGUAUAACCCUGACCCCAGCCUCGUCAGUUUUCUUACCAGUCUGGGCUGUCAGAACUUCAUUGAGUACUUCACCUCCCAAGGCCUCCAGUCCGUCUACCAUCUUCAGACUCUCUCCAUGGAGGAUUUGGGUGCACUGAAGAUACCGGAGCAGUCCCGCAUUGCCAUCUGGCGAGGUCUCCAGGACAUGAAACAAGGUGCUCCCAUCCAGCUGCCCACCUCUACUCAUCACCACGACUAUCAUGGCCAGCAGCUUCUUCGCUCCAGCAGCAACAUGGCCGCCUCUGCGAUGGCGGCCAUCGGGGCCGCCAGCGGGGAACUGCAACGUCAGCGUGUCAUGGAGGCUGUGCACUUUCGUGUCCGCCACACCAUCACUAUCCCCAACAGGUCAGGUGUUGUUGGGACGUCGGGAAUGGCGUCUUCUGCUGACGAAUGGGCUGACUUUGGUUUCGACAUGCCUGACUGCAAGAUGUCACGUAGCAAGCACUCAAUCAAGGAGGAGUUCAUGGAAAGUGACGUUCACUGAGCCUGAAAUAAUCUUGGAACUGUUUUGGCAACAUUAUUGUCACAAUCAGCCUAUUUACAGAGUAAAAUCAUGUGGAUAGGGUCUUUAAAUGUGUUGUUAGGUGUUGCUGUCAAAUUUGGUCAAUGGUUUUGGAGAGAAUCAAGUUUUGUUUUGAUUGUGGGACAUUUUCAGUGUGUAAAUGCACGUUCCUGGGCAGUCCUUCUUUGCGCUUGAUCACUUGUUCUACCCAGAAGAUUGAACAUGAGAUACCCCAAAGGACAUUUCAAGUCUACAUAGCAAAUACCAUGUAAUAAUACCAUUCUCAAGGCAAUGCUAAUGAAAACUCACAUAGUGCGAUCUGAACUGUACUGUUUGGGACUCUGAUAAGUGCAUGUUAGAAGAGGGAAAUAUCAAUUAUUCUGGAAAGUGGGAUGUUGUUUGGUCUCACUGUGCAAUAAUAGAUGACACAUUUUUCUUUAAUAGCAUCCACUUACAAUAACGGUGAACAAGUGUGGCACUUGUACAAUCACACAAAUGUCAGAGUAGACAUUUCACCAUUUCACAUUCUCGUUUUCAUUUUUUUCUCAUUAUAAAACUAGUUCUCAGCUUACUUAUUUAUUGUUCUUUCAGUUUUCUGUCUUAUGUAUAAAUGUAUAUAGUGUAUCUUGUAAAUGUUUUAGACUAGAUGUGAUUGAAAAGGGGUAUUUAGAUUCAAAAUGGUGUCCUGUUUGAACCAAACAUAUGGAGUUGAAUGGUAACUCAAACUCACAGGUUUGGGAACACAUAGUCAUGUAUAUUUUCAGUGGGCAUGAUAAUGUGAUGACUUUUAGUUCAGUAUGCCCUUAUCAAUACAUUGCUAAAAAUUUUAUUUAAUGGGCUUUGGUAUAAAUAGUGUGUAUUCAUGAAAAUGCAAUGGAAAUCAAAAUCAACAAGUAAUUAGUUAGACCUCACAUUUAUUCUUUUUUUUUAAUAAGAUAUGGGAAAUACUGUGUUAUUCUUGUUUAGAAACACAUUGCAAAACAACUGAGAGACAAGAUAUCAAAAACAGUAUUAUGAUUAUCCUAAACACGAGACAAGACCGUAGCAUUUUUGUCCUUCUCUGUGUAUUUUGAAAAACCUUGCAGGGCAAGGUCCUCAUAUAUUGAUUAUAGCUAGUUGUGUAAAGAGUGUAUAUCUUCAUGGCACUUGUUUGUGGAUAUUUGAUAGCAACAUUCCAAUUUUAUCCCUAGAUAGCCAUCCAGGACAAUUAGUCAUGUUGCAGUUUUGGUAUGGUGUCAAAAUUGUUUGUAGUAUUUGACUUUGUACCAUGACAAUAACCCGUACCUUAUUUACAGUCAUUUUCUAAGGCCCUCUUACCUACAAACACACACACUGUCACCCACUCACCAACAACUGGUCAAAGAAAGAGCACUUUAAUGCUUUAAAAGUAAAAAUAAUUUUGGGUUAUUUGUGCUUAUGAUCAGUAUUAUGCAUAACCAUGAUGUAAAUAAUAAUAGUACUUUGUUUUGAUAUACCUGACAAGUUUUUUUUCUAUCAGUUUUAUAAAGAUGAUUAAGAUGUGUACCUUUGUAACUAUUGCUGUUCAUUCAUGUCCAUUAGUUUCUGAGGUUGUUAAGUUCAGUGUUUUUCUUAAAACUGUGGAUAUUAAAAUAUUUGCCUACC